AUGCCGUGGAUCUGGAGUGACGCCCAAGACAAGUGGGUUUGGGCGCGGAACCCGGCCCAGGCCGCGCGUGAGGAGAACAACCGCAACAACCUCCACAACGAGCUGCGGCGGCUGAGACAGAACGAGGUAAGCUCCGCAGAACGUCAGGGCGAACUGCGUUCGGAGCUGCAGCAAGUGUGGCGUCUAGCUCAGGCCGGAUGGAAUGAGAGGAACACCCUCGCUAUUUGUUGCGCGUUGCUGCAGGCCCGCCUGAAGGAGACGCAGAUGGAGUUCUUGUCAGAGAGAGCGGUGGCCCAGGACGAGAAGGAGAGAGAGAAGCAGAUGAAAGAUGCCGAGGAGAAAGCAAGGAGAGAGCUCGCUGAGGCAGAGCAACGACUGAAGCAUGCCGAGGAGACGGCCAAGAGAGACUUGGCACAGGAAGCUUUGAAGAAGCAGGAGGCCCGGAACCACAUCAGCGAGCUGAGGGAGACGCUGGCGGAUGAGAAGGUAAAGCGUGCCUUUGCCGUGGAAGCACACACAGAGGCGAAGGAGGCUAAGCGGGCCUGCCAAGAUUCCUUGCUCAUCGAGCUUGCCGCAGCCCAGGAGUCGGCAAAGGGCGCAUCUGAGAAGCUAGGCAUCAUGGAGGAGUCCAUGGCCUGUGCCUGUGAAGAGAUGUCCGAGAUGGAGAGUCAACUUGAGUGGUCCACGAUGGCAGAGGACAGGGUUGUGCGACUGGAGCUAGAGCUUGCUACCGCCAGCGACUAA